AUGUCUUUCAUGGAUGAUUUUAGACACCUCAAAAUUCAAUUGAAAGACAUAAGGUUGGCCACCAAUGAUUUUGGCGACACGCCGAUUGGAAAAGGUGGGUUUGGAGAUGUGUUUAAAGGAGAACUCUCACUCCCCGAGGGAAAGAAAAUGGUUGCUUUUAAGCGUUUAGAUCGUAGACCUGGUGGACAAGGGGAUACUGAGUUUUGGAAGGAGAGAAUUCUCGUCUAUGAAUAUGCAUCGCGUGGAAGCCUUGAUUGCUACUUAGGUAAAACUAGUCUCACAUGGAACCAACUUCUCAAGAUAUGUCAUGGGGCAGCGUGUGGACUAAACUACCUUCACGAUCCCGUGAUGCACCAAAGAGUUCUUCAUCGAGACGUUAAGAGCUCAAACAUCUUAUUAGAUGAAAAUUUAACUGCUAAAAUUUCCGAUUUUGGCUUAUCAAAAAUUGGCCCUGCUAACCAACAGUAUACGUACCUUGUCUCCAAUGUUGUAGGUACACAUGGAUAUUGUGAUCCAGUGUAUAUGGAGAUGGGCUUUCUCUCAAAAGAGUCGGAUGUGUACUCUUUUGGUGUGGUGUUAUUUGAAGUAAUAUGUGGAAAACAUUGCUUUGAAUAUUGUAAUGGUGAGCUAAAGAUUCUAGUAUCUCUUUGGAAAGAAUUGUAUGAAGAGGAUAAAAUAGAUGAUAUUGUGUCUAAUAACCUAAAAGAACAAAUGGAUAUGGAUUCUUGUAAAACAUUUUUAAAUAUUGCAUAUCGAUGCUUGAAUAGAGAUCGUAAAGAAAGACCAACAAUGGUGGAGAUCAUCAAAGAACUCAAUGUUGCACUUGAUCUUCAAGAGAUGUCUCAAGAUGUUGAUGAGAAAGCUAAAUAUGAAGAAAGAAAGAGUCUUGCAAAUCAGGCCGCGAUUCCUGUAUCCUACAGAUCCCGAAAUGAACUUGCGUCGGUUCUUUCCAAAGGAAUCCUUCUUAAGGGGGGUCAUAAUGUCAUCGUGUACCCUUCAAAUACAAAUUGCAUACGGAGACCGAAUAUUGGACAUCAUGUGUAG